AUGGCGUCUUCGACAGCCGCAAAUGUCAUUCGUAGGAAGCUGGUUAUUAUAGGUGAUGGAGCCUGCGGGAAGACUUCUUUACUGAGCGUCUUUACCCUAGGAUACUUUCCUACUCAUUAUAUCCCGACUGUCUUUGAGAACUACGUCACGGAUUGCAGAAUAGAUGGGAAGUCGGUACAACUGGCAUUAUGGGAUACGGCCGGACAGGAGGAUUAUGAACGAUUACGCCCUCUCGCCUACGCCAAAGCACAUAUUCUCCUAAUCGGCUUCUCGAUUGACACGCCAGAUUCAUUGGAUAACGUAAAACACAAGUGGAUAACAGAAGCGACAGAGCGAUGUCCUGGGGUUCCUGUAAUUUUGGUGGGUCUCAAGAAAGAUCUUCGAGACGACCCUGUGGCGAUCGAGGAGAUGAGGAAGAAGAGCCUGAAAUUUGUGACAGAACGACAGGGCGAAGCGGCUGCCCAGGAGAUAGGGGCACGCAAGUACCUCGAGUGCUCCAGCCUGAGCGGCGAAGGUGUCGACGACGUAUUUGAGGCGGCGACGAGAGCUGCCUUGCUAAAUUUCGAGAAAGGCGAAGGUGCAGGCUGUUGCGUGAUCUUAUAA